CAGGAUCUUAAAUCUGAGCUUAAACCUGUUCCACUUCAGGAGGAGUUCAGGGGACAACAACUCUUAUUCGCUAAACACCAUCAAGGACACCAGGCACAGAGAAUUAAACUAUUAUAUCUAAUAACUCUCUAAAAUGGAAGAAGCCCAAAGCCAAAGUUUAGAGGAAGACUUUGAAGGACAGGCCACACACACAGGACCCAAAGGAGUAAUAAAUGACUGGAGAAAGUUUAAAUUAGAAAGUGAAGACAGCGAUUCAUCCCCACCUAGCAAGAAGGACAUUCUCAGAAAAAUGUCUUCUCCUCAGAGCAGAGAUGACAAAGAUUCAAAAGAAAGAUUGAGCAGAAAGAUGAGCGUUCAAGAAUAUGAACUAAUCCACCAAGACAAAGAAGAUGAAAACUGCCUUCGUAAAUACCGUAGACAGUGUAUGCAGGAUAUGCACCAGAAGCUGAGUUUUGGGCCUAGAUAUGGGUUUGUGUAUGAGCUGGAAUCCGGGGAGCAAUUCCUGGAGACCAUUGAAAAGGAGCAGAAAAUCACCACAAUUGUUGUUCACAUUUAUGAAGAUGGCAUUAAGAGUUGUGAUGCCCUAAACAGUAGCUUAACAUGCCUUGCAGCUGAAUACCCAAUGGUCAAGUUUUGUAAAAUAAAAGCUUCUAAUACAGGUGCUGGGGACCGUUUUUCCUCAGAUGUCCUCCCCACACUGCUCGUCUACAAAGGUGGGGAACUCAUAAGCAAUUUUAUUAGUGUCGCCGAACAGUUUGCUGAAGAAUUUUUUACUGGGGAUGUGGAGUCAUUUCUAAACGAGUAUGGGUUAUUGCCUGAAAAAGAGAUACGUGUCAUAGAGCAGACUACCAUGGACGAAGAUAUGGAAUGAAGAUUCAUUAUGUCAAUAUCUCACAUGUCUCCUGUAAGUACUGAGCAUUGAUUUGGGUAGUAUUCAUAUUCCUUUAAAGAAUACAAAGUAUACCCAUGGCUGUUCUAAUUUUUAAAAAAUACCAGAUUGAUACUAAAACUAUAUGUUUAGCAUUUUUUUAGUAUUAGCUACUCAAAUUGAUAUAAUACUUUACUACAAAACAUAGUCUUCAGAAAAGAGGAUAUGGAUAAUAUUGCGAGAGUUUUCAAAAAUUCCUUUCGAGUUGUAUUUAGCUUUUUUCUCCUUGUUUCCUUGGUAUUAU